AUGGUGGGCCUCGCGCCGUGGGGUCGGUGCAGCUGCGCGCCGCUGGCGUCCUGCCGCGGCGGGGCUGAGUCGGGCACGCCAUUCUACAGGAGGGGCCGCGUCGAGAUGGCCGGCAGCGCGCAGGAGUUGCAGGAGGGGGUCGGCGCGUUCGGCAGCGUGGGCGUCGCCCAGGCCGCCGCGCGGUUCGUGGCGGCCGGGGCCCCGUCGCCCGCCUUCCGGGCCUACUGCCAGUGGCGCGCGUACGACGAGGCGCUGGCCAGCGCGGAGGCCCGCAGGCGCUUCGCCGCGUCCCUGGGCCCGAGGCUGGUGCGGGACGUCCUGGGCUGCCCGCUGCCUUCGGGCGCCAGCGGCGCACGCGACGUGGAGGCUCUCGUGGAUGGCCUGAGGGGCCUGCUGGCGCGCUGCGAACGCGGCCUGCUGGCUGCGUGGGAGCUCGUCGACUUCGACGAGGUCGCGGCGGAGCUCUGGGCGGAGCGCAGGGCCAGGACGCUCACGCUCGCCUUCUUCCUGGUUGGCGACCCGCUGGAGGACGCGCAGAUCCUCCUGUCCGAGCAGCGCGACGCGGUGAUCGCCUCGCGAGGGGUGGUCGUGCCCGACGUCGUGGCGCAGGCGGCGGGCGCGUGGGUGCGAGCCCGCGUGCCCGGCUGCGCCGUGUCGGCGGAGAGCUUCUACGCCGGCAUGCGCUACGGCUCCGUGUUCGGGCCGCUGAGCCAGGGGCAGGUGAAGCUGCAGAUCGCCAUCUCCGAGCCGAGCGGCGCACUCUGA